GACGCCAGCGGAAGGAGGCGAGCGGCGUCGGGACGAACAUGGCGAUGGUGCUGCGAGGCUCCACGAAAUGGCUCUUCACCCGGGAACAAAUCGAAAACACGCCGUCUCGCCGCUGCGGAAUCGAGCCAGACCGGGAAUUAUCUUACCGACAGCAAGCUGCCAACCUCAUCCAGGAUAUGGGCCAGCGGCUUAACGUUUCCCAGCUUACAAUCAACACUGCCAUCGUCUAUAUGCACCGAUUUUAUAUGCUAAACUCCUUCACGAAGUUCCAUCGAAACAUCAUCUCUCCCACCACUCUAUUUUUAGCUGCUAAAGUGGAAGAGCAACCCCGGAAACUUGAACACGUCAUUAAAGUGGCACACGCCUGUCUUAAUCCACAAGAACCUCCACUGGACACUAAUAGCAAUACAUACCUCCAACAAGCACAAGAACUGGUGCUUCUAGAAACCAUCGUGCUGCAAACACUUGGCUUUGAGAUUACUAUAGAUCAUCCACACACCGAUGUGGUGAGAUGUUCCCAGCUAGUACGAGCGAGCAAGGAUUUGGCCCAGACCUCCUAUUUCAUGGCUACCAACAGUCUGCACCUGACCACGUUCUGCCUGCAGUACAGACCCACGGUGGUGGCAUGUGUGUGUAUCCACCUGGCCUGCAAGUGGUCCAACUGGGAGAUUCCCAUCUCGUCAGACGGUAAACACUGGUGGGAGUAUCUGGAUCCCACUGUCACCCUGCAGCUACUAGACCAGUUAACGCAUGAGUUCCUACAGAUUUUGGAGAAGACGCCCAGCAGGUUGAAAAGGAUCAGGAACUGGCGGGCCACUCAAGCCGCCAAAAGGUCCAAAACGGAAUGCCAGUCGGUGGGGAGCUCCUUCCCAUCUCCGCCCUCAGGCCAGGACAGCCUGCUGGUUGACAGUAAGACUGAUUUGAUGGGGGGCAUGUACCAAGAUUCCUCCACUUUGUUCCCGUCAGACGCCAUCAAUGGCCUAGCCAACCCAAGUUCCUCCUACGUCCAGGCUGAUGCCCACUCGAGCUUACAGGGAGUAGCGAUCAGCAGCAAGCCGCAGCACACGGCCACCAAUAAACUGAGUCUAGAAAAAUACAGGGAGAAACAAGCGGCUGAGCUGCUGCAGCGCCGCAAACACAGCCACCUGCUGCCUGAAACUGCAGCGCUGGCUUCGUCUUCAUCUUUAUCGGCGGUGUUGAUGUCAACAGCUUCAGCAUCGUCUUCGUCUUCUUCCUCAUUGGCGCGGGUUAAAUACGGUCAGCCCGGACAGGAGCGGGAGAUGAAGAGUGGCUCGCUGAAACGCCGUCAUCCUUCGUCCUCGUCUUCCUCCACUGAAAACGGCGCAGCGAGUCAGGAGGAGCUGAAGAUGAAGAUCAAAAUGUCAGAGAGCGGCGGUAAGAGCAGACACAGCCCUCGCUCAGGUCGGGAGAAACACCGAGCUUCGAAACACGACGCCACACACUCGCACACACACUCGCACACACAUGCUCAUGCACACAGCAGCCACCACAAAGCCCAUCGCUCCUCCAAGAGCCACACCGGCUCCGCCCCCCUGCCGCCUGCCAGCCACGCCCAGCUGGGGAAGAUUGACCGGAGGCCGGGGGAGGGGCCGAGCACUGACAGUGCGGCUCCUCUGUUACUCAAUGGCCAGCACGUGGACUACGCAGACACGUUCAACAUGCUCGACUCGCUGCUCAAUGCACACAACAUGAACUACUAAAGUGCACGCAAUCAGAUUAUUAAAAACUGCAAAAAAGUGUUUUUUUUUUCUUUUUCUCUUUCUUUUUUUUCUUUUUAAAGAACUGUUAUAUUAGGGUCAGUUGGUCCAUUAUUUUCAUAUUCACCUCUUAAUUUAACCAUGCUGUUCCACUGAAAAAAAAAAGAGGAAAAAAGGAAAUAGUUGUUGUAUGUCAAAGUG